CUGUUAAACGAGCAGUCCAGGGUUCUGGUGCAGGGCAUCACCGGGCGUGAGGGUAGUUUCCACGCCCGUUCCUGCAAAGAAUACGGUACGCAACUGGUGUCGGGCGUGACCCCCGGUCGGGGCGGGCAGCUGUUCGACGACUCGGUGCCGGUGUUCGAUUCCGUGGGAGAAGCUGUCGAUUCUACCGGCGCCAACGUGGCCCUGGUUUUCGUGCCGCCGGCUUUUGCCGCCGAUGCGGUCGCUGAAUCCGUGGACGCCGGCAUACCGCUGAUCGCCUGCAUCACCGAGGGCAUACCGGUGCAGGAGAUGGUGGGCCUGUAUCGCUACGUACACGCGAGUCCCACGCGGCUGAUUGGCCCCAAUUGCCCGGGCCUGAUCAAUCCCGGGGCAAGAUGCAAGGUUGGAAUAAUGCCCGGAGAUAUCCACAUGCCAGGCAGGGUUGGGGUGGUUUCCCGCAGCGGAACCCUGACCUAUGAGGCAGUGGGGCAGUUGACCGAUCUGGGGAUCGGUCAGUCGUCGUGCGUGGGAAUCGGCGGCGACCCGAUAAUCGGCAGCAGCUUUGUCGAGAUACUGCAACUGUACAACGAUGAUCCCGAUACCGACAUGGUGGUGUUUAUCGGCGAGAUCGGGGGGACGAUGGAGCAGGAGGCAGCCGAAUACAUCGGUUCUGCCGAGUUUACCAAGCCCAUCUGCUCGCUGAUCGUGGGGGCGACGGCGCCGCCCGGAAAGCGCAUGGGACAUGCUGGAGCCAUCAUAACCGGCGAGAGCGCUACGGCCGCGUCUAAAACCGCCGCCCUGGAAAAGGCGGGGGCGGUUAUUAUUCCCACGCCGGCGGACAUCGGCGCAACGGCGCAGCAGGUGUUGCGAGAGACCGGGCUGACGGGAUAG